UGGGCUCAGCGCGAGCCCGGAGCCCUUGAACGCGAGGCGAGGAGCCCCCGGAGCCCCCGAACCGCAGCCACAUCCCUGCGCCGCGCACCCCGGAGCCCAGACCUGCGCGUCCCGCUGGGCCCGCGCGAUGCCCUCGGACCGGCCUUUCAAGCAGCGGCGGAGCUUCGCCGACCGCUGUAAGGAGGUGCAGCAGAUCCGCGACCAGCACCCCAGCAAGAUCCCGGUGAUCAUCGAGCGCUACAAGGGUGAGAAGCAGCUGCCGGUCCUGGAUAAGACCAAGUUCCUGGUCCCGGACCAUGUCAACAUGAGCGAGCUGGUCAAGAUCAUCCGGCGCCGCCUGCAGCUGAACCCCACGCAGGCCUUCUUCCUGCUGGUGAACCAGCACAGCAUGGUGAGCGUGUCCACACCCAUCGCAGACAUCUACGAGCAGGAGAAAGACGACGACGGCUUCCUCUACAUGGUCUACGCCUCCCAGGAAACCUUCGGCUUCUGAGCCAGCAGCCCAUGCCUCUCUGCCCAUCUGCCCCUCACCCACCCGAGGCACUGCCCCGUUCGUGGACCUGCUCACCCCUAAGGACUGGUCCCUGGCUUCCCUGGUCUUGACAUGGUGUAUGGAUCUGUGGUCAUUGUUCCUCUGCAGAAUUAAAGAUUGCUCAGGCCUGCCUGGC